AUCUUCAAAUCAAAGUGACACAUAUAUUUUCACUCAAAUCAUCCCAAAAAAAUGUCUUCUCACGAGCAAAGCUACAGAGCUGGUGAAGCCAAGGGCCAUGCUCAGGAGAAAACCGGGCGUGCGAUGGACACGGUGAAGGACAAGGCCCAGGCGGCGAGGGACAAGGCCUCGGAGGCCGCAGACACAACGAGGGACAAGGCGUCGGAGAUGGCAGAAUCGGGCAGGGAGACUGCGGCGGCGGGGAAGGAGAAAACGGGAGGGCUUUUGCAGAAGACCGGGGAGCAGGUGAAGGGGAUGGCGCAGGGCGCUGCCGAUGCGGUGAAGCACACUUUCGGGAUGGCGGAAGAGGAGGAUAAAGAAGAUGUGUUUAAGAAGAGAGAUACUACUAAUUAUUAAGUAUUUUGUUUGUUUUUAAAGUCUCUCAUUAGCCUUCUCCGAUGCAACUGCAAUCCUAUUUCCCCUUCUAACUCAAAGUAUCAUUUAACAGUUCCUUUUUUGCAAUGUUUCAAUUGAGUCACACUCUUGUAUUUCUAUUUGAAUUAUAGAUAAUAUGUUACAAUCA